AUGUUAAAUUUUAAUAAAUUGUGUUUGUAUUCGUGUUUAUGCGUUAUUGUUAUUAUUGUUUUGUAUUUUCAAUCAGAAAUCGGUCGUAUGGAAGAGAAUUAUCGUAAAUUAGAAAUAAGAUUAGCCCACCCAGGAAUCGGAUUAACGGAGUCUCGCCAGUUUCCUCUAAAUAAUGCGGACCAGACUGUCAUUAUAUACAAUAGGGUCCCGAAGACGGGGUCCACGAGUUUCGUGGGAAUCGCGUACGAUUUGUGCAAGAGGAACAAUUUUAAAGUGCUACAUAUCAACAUUACCGCCAACAGACAUAUCAUGUCGUUGAAUAACCAAUAUAAAUUUGCUCAGAAUGUAACAACAUGGCAUGAUGUCAAACCUGCCUUAUAUCAUGGGCAUAUGGCCUUCCUAAAUUUUGAGAGAUUAGGUACAUCAUCAAAACCCCUAUUCAUAAAUUUAAUAAGGAAACCAUUGGACAGACUAGUUUCAUAUUAUUACUUCCUACGCUACGGUGACAACUUCCGACCCCAUUUGGUACGAAAGAAACAUGGUGACAAAAUGACAUUUGAUGAAUGUGUUGAGAAGAGCCAGCCGGAUUGUGACCCAAACAAUAUGUGGUUACAAGUGCCUUUUUUCUGUGGUCACGCUGCAGAGUGCUGGAAACCAGGCAACCAUUGGGCUUUAGAACAAGCAAAGCACAACUUAGUCAACCACUACCUUUUGGUAGGAGUCACCGAGGAAAUGCAGGACUUCAUCACAGUACUCGAGGCCACUUUACCGCGCUUCUUCAAAGGGGCCACCGAGUAUUACCUAAGCAGUAAUAAGUCCCACCUUCGGCAGACGAGCUCGAAAGUGGACCCGAGCCUGAAGACGGUCGAGAGGAUUCAACAGUCGACCGUUUGGAAAAUGGAAAAUGAGCUUUAUGAGUUUGCAUUAGAACAUUUUAAAUUUGUGAAAAGGAAACUUUUAGUGAAGGAAGCAAACAAUGUGGCUCAGAUAUACUUUUAUGAGAAAAUAAGACCUAAAUGAGUGUCCUGUGAGUUUAUUUUUAGUUGAAUUAUUUAUUUUUGUGAUUGUUCUUUUUAAAACUUUCUCCGUUUUUGUGUGACGUAACCAUUCGAUUGAUCGUGCUGUUUAUUGGGUAAAAAUAUUUUACCGAGUAUUUAAACCUUUGACUGCCGUAUAGGUCACCGGUGCCCUACGCGGCGCAUUUCUGUUACUAAGGCACCUGGAUUGCCUUCUUUUGUAGGUUAAUGUAUGUUUUAGUUUUUUAGGUCUCUUAGAAUUAUCUCAUAUAAUCAGAUCUCUUAGAUCAUUCUCAGUAUGUUCUGAUUCAUCUUUGCCAAAGUCUACUAGAUACGCCGGCGUCUUAACAAGAUCAAAGAGAAAUCAACAUAAUUAGUUCAGUGCGUCGCGUAGGGCACCGGUGAACUGCACGGCAGUCGAGGGGUUUAAAAGAAAUAGGGUAUCCGGUACAUGUUUUCUUUUGAAAAGUACUGCCCGUCUGGACGUAGCUGUAAUAGCCUCUUAGGCUACCAGCUAAUAGGUAGGGUUAAAGAAAGCUACUGCAGGUUUCUCAUCGAAGACACAUAGGUGUAUUUUUAUUUCUUAGAAUGAAAUGGAAUAUUAAUUUAAUUUAUAAUUUAUUUCGACAACUAACUUUGACAAUUCUUUUACGGGACAAUUAAAGGUUUAUGCUUUUUGUGUCUAUAUUAGCAUUCCGUAUGUGUGUACCUAUAGUUAAUCUGAGCAACUUUCGAUAUUUUGGAGUGACAUUGAUAGUUCGUUUGUUUUCUUGAAAGGUUUAAGGCUAAGGGUAUCAUCGGUAAUGCCAAUACAAUCGGUAGUGCACCCUAUAUUAUAAUUCUAAACCUUGUUUCGAUAUGUGCCUGGUCGCUUGGGUAACCCUGACUAGCCAUUUGCGAGAAUUCAACUCAAGUAUAGAUGGCUUGCUGAUGAGAUGCUGGGAUCGUCUCAACUUGAUUACUUUCCCGCUGUGCUACGCGGAUUACUACGUAGAUUACUCUACAACGUGACCAACAGAUUUCGAUAGCCGUGUGCUUAUUGCGAGUUUUUUUAAUGUUCUCAAUAGCGUAAAAGUUAACGAAAUUUGUAUGAAGUUGAAACAGCGCCCCUAGCGGUAAACGUAGGCAAACUUUCAAACUAUCAACUAUCGCUAUCGACACCGUUAAAAAACUCGCAAUAAGCACACAGCAUCUUUGUAAGUUCCAGGAGGUUGUCUAAACGCAAAUAAAAAA